AAAAUAAAAAAUAAAAAAGACAGUCCGAUACUCCUAUGACUCCUCCUCAUGUAUAAAAGCAACUGCCUUGCUUUCAUUUUGUGCUCAGUUUGUGUUCUCCUCUCUCUUUCUUUCAUACAAAGUAACAAAGCAACGCAAGGAAAGACGCAGCAAAGACGAAAACAGAGCAAGAAACCAGAGACGCCCAAGAAACCGAAGGAUGGAGUGGGUUCGAGGAGAACCAGUCGGUCAUGGAAGCUUCGCAACUGUGUAUUUGGCGAUACCCCGAAGAAGUUCUGAUCAGGCGCCUCCGCUAAUGGCCGUGAAAUCUUCUGAGUUGUCCUUCUCCGCGUCGCUCGAGAGCGAGAAACGAGUACUCGAUCAGCUAUCCACCUGCCCGCAAAUCAUUCGGUGCCUCGGAGAAGACCAUAGCGUCGAGAACGGCGAGAAGUUCUACAACUUGUUCUUGGAGUACGCCUCUGGUGGCAGUCUAGCCGAUCAGGUCAAGAACCGCGGAGGCUCGUUACCGGAAUCCGAUGUUCGGCGCUACGCGAAGUCGAUACUUUUGGGGCUUCGUGAAAUUCACGCAAAGAGGUUCGUUCACUGCGACAUAAAGCUUCAGAAUAUCCUCGUGUUCGACAAUGGAGAUAUCAAAAUUGCGGACUUUGGGCUGGCAAAGAAAGCAGAGCAAAAACAGAGCACAGAAGAAAAGAGAGCCGAAUUCAGAGGAACUCCUCUGUAUAUGUCGCCGGAAUCGGUUAACGAAAAUGAGUACGAAUCUCCGGCUGAUAUUUGGGCUCUUGGGUGCGCCGUAGUGGAGAUGCUGACCGGAAAACCAGUGUGGAAUUGUGGGCCCCAGGGGAACAUCUUCGAGCUUCUGCUUCGAAUUGGGGUUGGUGAAGAAACGCCACAAGUCCCAAAGGAAUUAUCUUUUGAAGGGAAAGAUUUUCUUGAGAAGUGUUUUGUGAAGGAUCCGAGAAAGCGAUGGACGGCUGAGAUGCUUUUGGAACAUCCCUUCGUUGCUGCUCAUGAUGAUCAUGACACUGUUCCAUUAGAGGACAAAGACGAACUAAAAACGAUGUCCUCGUCGCCGAGAAGUCCUUUCGAUUUUCCAGACUGGGUUUCGAUACUAUCCUCAGUUGUUACUUCGCCGGAAUCGUCACCGGAUUCUGGUAAAUUGUUUGAUUGGGAAGUGAAUUUUGAGUCCUGUUCCCCGGCUUCGUCUCGUUUAUGUUCUCCGGUGGAUCGGCUCCGGCAGCUGGUGACCGAUGACGCACCCAAUUGGUCCUUUUCGGAGAGUUGGGUCAUAGUCAGGUGAUCGGAAAUUGGAUUCUUUUGAGCAGAGGAAGUUGUGGAAAGUAAUUUCCGAAGAUUUUUUCAUUUUUUUGGACAUCCGACGGUUCUGAUUUAGUUUAGUUGAUUGUCAUCCUUGUGAUUGUAAAUACUAGAAAGUAGAUUGUAAAUGCUAGAAAGUAGAGAGAUAUUUGUUUGGCAUUUUUGACUUUGAUUGAACAAUUGGCCACGAGUGUACAUAGCAAUUUUUUAUUUUUUUAAAUAAAUAUUUAAAGAAUUAUUUUG